CUGUUUAUACACGAGCCGCCUCUCUCUAUGUGAGGGGUUGCAGUAGUAGCCUGAUAGAUUUGUACUGCCGAUUGCCGAGUGGUGGAGUCUGAGUGGAGUGGGCCGGCUUAUAGCGGUUGGUUUCGAAACGACACGUCGACUUAGCGUUGUUGACAGAGUCGGGGAUAAUAAUGAUGGACUUCGACGGGUCGAUGAACAACGAUUACAAAUAGUAUCUACUCGGAAAAUACUAACUCGCAUUUGUGUCGUCUUCUAGUAUCCGAAAUGUGUGAUCUCUGCUUAAUCCAGGCAAUAAGUGCGGUAAAAACAUUUCGAAAAUAAAUUUAACACCUAUUAUUAGAGGCCGUCAACCGUCAGCUGGAGAAGGUGGCACCAACAGCCGCCGCCAAGUAAUUCCCCUUGGAACAUCCCUUGUCUCGUUUUGCUCUGUCGUACGAAGGCGCCAAGAUGCGGUUGAUCCUUCUCGCGCUAGCGUGGGUCCUCUUAGCUUCUGAAGUGUUAGCAGGGCGGGACUUUUAUAAGAUUCUCGGCGUGUCAAGGAACGCAAAUGUGAAUCAGAUCAAGAAAGCGUACCGGAAACUCGCCAAAGAGUUGCAUCCGGACAAGAAUAAGAACGAUCCCAACGCUCAGGACAAGUUUCAGGAUUUGGGCGCUGCGUACGAAGUGCUCGUCGAUGCCGAUAAACGAAAACAGUACGACCGCUAUGGGGAAGAGGGUCUCAAAGAUGUCGGCCGGGGAGGUGGAGAUCCAUUUGCAUCAUUUUUUGGUGACUUCGGUUUUGGAUUUGGCGGUGAUGAACGAGGACAACGGGAAACUCCAAAAGGAAGUGACGUUGUUAUGGACCUCCUUGUAACACUGGAGGAGCUUUAUAACGGAAACUUCGUGGAAGUGGUCCGAAAGAAGCCUGUAUACAAGCAGAGUUCAGGAACGCGGAAAUGUAACUGUCGAAUGGAGAUGGUCACUAGAUCACUUGGCCCUGGAAGGUUCCAGAUGCUACAGCAGCAGGUUUGCGAAGAAUGUCCGAAUCUCAGUUUGACAACGGAAGAGCGUGUGCUGGAAGUAGAGAUCGAAGUUGGUAUGAAGGAUGGCCAAGAGCAGGUGUUCACAGCUGAGGGAGAGCCUCAUAUUGAUGGAGAUCCGGGCGACCUCAAAAUGCGUAUUCGCACCGUACCACAUCCUGUCUUCCAACGCAAAGGUGAUGACCUAUACACGAACGUGACAGUAUCACUAAUGGACGCGCUGGUCGGCUUUGAAACCGAGAUCACACAUCUGGAUGGACAUAAAGUGAAGAUCGUUCGUGACGGAGUCACGUGGCCAGGCGCUAGGAUGCGUAAACUCAAUGAGGGCAUGCCAAAUUAUUUGGAUAACUUAAAGAAAGGAGUACUCUACGUGACCUUUGAUGUAGCAUUCCCGAAGGGACCGUUUGAUGACGACCAGAAAGAAGCUCUUAGAAAAUUAUUGGAGCAAGCUCACACUCAACCUAAGGUCUACAACGGGAUUGGAUACUAGGUCAUCUUUAUCAUGAAGCCAUACGAGGUCGAGAGGUCUUAAUGGUUAUCCGCAGUUCCUUUCCUUGUCUCAAGCUUGCAGUUUCUACGGAUGGACAACGUGACCGACAUAGUGAAAUUUAAAUGAAUGGCAAUGUAGAAACGCACGCGGUAACUUUAAGUCGCUCGAUCCUCCGCCUUUUUCUAGGCUCGUCUCAGCCUAGCGUCGGUCUUGGCCCCCGCUGUACAUACGAUAUAUAUAUAUAUAUAUAUAUAUAUAUAUAUAUAUAUAUAUACUAGUGCGAUAAUUUAUUGAUUAUUAAUUAUUGAUUAACGAGUGAAAGCGAUUGACAGUCGCAGGAAUUUUCAAUGGUACGUGUAAAUAAAGUAACAAAUAGUUUGAGGUUUAUCGUACUUGUGUUAUUAAUGUGGUAACACGGCAGAAGGGAAAAACGCUGAUGUAAAAGCCAUGCUACAUAUAAAUUAAGAAGUACAAUGUAAAAACUAAAUUCGUUAAGCAUUGAGUAAUAAAAAUUGAUAGAAAAAGAAACGAUAAAUGGUAUACCGGCUAAGAUUAGACCAGGAGAGUCAAUUGAAUGGGCGAAUUACCCGGGUCUGAGUACGGAUCGCACUCAUAAGAAGGGAUGCAAAUUAACUAAAUAUACAUGCCUGUAAAAUUUCGAGUAGUAUGCGAAUUGAAUUUUAUAUAAUCUUCGUAGUAAUAAUACUAUACUACGUAUGUUGUG